AUGCAUGCACAAGGCCGAAUUCCAAAUGAAUGCACUUAUGGAAUAGUUUUAGAUGGCCUUUGCAACAACCAUCUAGUAGAGGAUGCGCUCUCUUUGUUUCAUUUGGUGGGUAACAACAGCAAGCUUAAUUCUAAUAUUGUUGUAUACACCAUUCUCAUUGAUGGUGCAGGCAAAAAUGGGAAAGUAGAUGUUGCGAGGAUUCUUUUCCAAGGUCUAAUUGAUAAAGGCUUGCAACCUAAUGUUCGUACAUAUAACGUGAUGAUCAAUGGUUUUUGUCGGGAAGGUCAAUUGGGGAAAGCAAAGUUGUUGUUUCUUAAAAUGGAAGAGAGUGGCUGCCCGCCAGAUGAUGUUACUUACCGUGUUUUACUCCAAGGAUAUCUAAAGAACAGGCACUAUGACGAUGUGGAGAUGCUUUUACAGGAAAUGGAUGAUAGAUGUUACUACUCACUUGAUGCUUCGACUUUAUCGUUAUUUAUAGAUCAUAUCGCAGCUGGUUUACUAGAUAGAAGAAGUAUGCUUAAGUUGUUAGGUAAGCUUGUGCCAAAAGAAUUAUUGAACGAUCCUAGCUUGUGCGACUGGGAGUGA